UUUUGCUUCCAGUGUCUAAUUUGCCGUCUGCCGAGUUGGAAGCGUCCUUUCGUCGCUCUGGUGCCAUCGGGGACUCGAAGCCUUUUGUCUGUGCCGGGCUCCCUUUCUGCGUCCCAGGCAUUGCAGUCCUGCCCCAGAGCCAUCGGCCAGAGCCGCAGCGACAUUUCCCCUUUCCCUGUCUUUACGUCCCUUCCUGACGUUCUUCCCUUCCCGGGACCCCGGAGGGACCCGCGCCCCGUCACGCCCCUAGCGCGCUCCCGCCCCGCGCGCCCCCGACGUGUGUGAGUGAGUGUGUGAGUGCCCGCGCCCCGGACUCAGGCGGUGUCCCAUAGAUGGCCAGCUUUCCCCCGAGGGUCAACGAGAAAGAGAUCGUGAGAUCCCGCACCAUCGGAGAACUUUUGGCCCCAGCAGCUCCCUUUGACAAGAAAUGUGGCCAUGAGAACUGGACAGUCGCCUUUGCUCCUGACGGCUCUUACUUUGCCUGGUCUCAAGGACAUCGCACAGUAAAGCUGGUUCCCUGGUCCCGGUGCCUGAAGAACUUCCUCUUGGAUGGCACCAAGAAUGUCACUAACUCAAGUAAUUCAAGACUUUCCAGACAAAACAGUGAUGGCGUUUCAAAGAACAAGCCUUGUGAGCAUGUCAUAGACUGUGGAGACAUUGUGUGGAGCCUUGCCUUUGGGUCGUCAGUCCCUGAAAAACAGAGCCGCUGUGUGAAUAUAGAAUGGCAUCGGUUCAAAUUUGGUCAGGAUCAGCUCCUCCUGGCCACUGGCUUAAGCAAUGGACGAAUCAAAAUAUGGGAUGUCUACACAGGAAAACUCCUCCUGAAUCUAAUGGAUCAUACAGAUGUGGUCAGAGAUUUAACUUUUGCUCCAGAUGGAAGUCUGAUUCUAGUGUCAGCUUCAAGAGACAAAACUCUACGAGUGUGGGACCUGAAAGAUGAUGGAAACAUGAUGAAGGUCUUGAGGGGACACCAGAACUGGGUUUACAGCUGUGCCUUCUCCCCUGACUCUUCCAUGCUGUGUUCGGUUGGAGCCAGUAAAGCAGUUUUCCUUUGGAACAUGGAUAAAUACACCAUGAUACGGAAAUUAGAAGGACAUCACAAUGAUGUUGUAGCUUGUGAGUUCUCUCCUGAUGGAGCAUUACUGGCUACUGCAUCACACGAUACUCGAGUGUAUGUCUGGGACCCACAUACUGGAUCAGUUCUGAUGGAAUUUGGGCACCUGUUUCCCCCUCCUACACCCAUAUUUGCUGGAGGAGCAAAUGAUGGCUGGGUGCGAGCUUUGUCUUUCAGUCACGAUGGACUGCAUGUUGCGAGUCUGGCUGAUGAUAAGAUGGUUCGGUUCUGGAGGAUCGACGAGGAUUUCCCCGUCCAGGUGGCCACUCUGAGCAACGGUCUGUGCUGCGCCUUCUCUACCGACGGCAGCGUUUUAGCUGCAGGGACGAGCGACGGCAGCGUGUACUUCUGGCCCACGCCAAAGCACGUCCCGAGCCUUCAGCAUUUGUGCCGCAUGUCCGUGCGGAGAGUGAUGUCCACCUGGGAAGUGCAGAGGCUGCCGGUGCCUCCCAAGCUCGUCGAGUUUCUUUGCUACCAGGUGUAGCAACACCCCCUUGGCCGGCCCGGCAGAAGCUGCUCUCCGCACACCCCAGCCGUCACGGGCUUCGAGCCUCUGUCGGGACAGGCUUAGACUUAUUUAAUGUGCUACUUCCUUGUACUUCAUUUGGAUCAGGUGGAGCUCCGACGUUAUUUAUAGACUCUCAGACUGUCUCCGAAGACCUCCAGCCGGAAGGUUUAGCUCUAACUGUGAAAACAUGUACAUACUUAGACGUAAGCUGCUAGAUGCCGCGUGUCUUGUUACUAUUACUAUUAUUAUUAUUAUUAUUGCUUUUUGGAGUUUUAGUGUCGUGUAUAUAUUGCUUCGUAGCGCUCACAGUAUGUAUUUUUGCUGUAAAGUGGAAGUUUUAUUCUGGGACAGCGAGUUAGACGGUCAGACAUUGACUUCAGAAGGGUAAACUGCCCCGUACAAAUGCGUAUUGGUGGGGGGAGGGCGGCAGGCUUCACGCCUGACGGGGAAAUCUUUUUUGUGUGGGAAAGUUUUGUUUUUUUUAGGAAUGGCUGAGAGGUGCCGCUUGAGUGUGAUGUACGAGUAGAGAAUGGAGCCAAGGAGAUCUGCCUAGUAACAGGGAGUUUUCUUGUCUCAGCGCAAUUGCAGGCCUUAACUUUGGAGAGCAGCUUGUUCCUUGAGCAUCGUCUCAAGUGUCCUGCUCCGUUGGUUUGAGAAGUCCAUCUACUGUAUGAUCGCGUAGUGUUUUUUCUGUAGCCGUGGGACAUCUGUGUCUUUUUUGGAAGAUUCUGGUGUUUGUUUCUCACGGCCAUAUUGUUUCUUCAGGGGGUGACAUUGGUGAAUCGCCAAAGAGAAGCAGUGCUUGCUUUUGCCUUCUGUUCCUUAUCUGUACCUGCAGAUAUUAAAAAUAUGCAUUACAUAAAAUGCCUGAUUAUAUAUUUUUGUUGAAUAUUUUUAUUAAAGACUUGUAUAAAACACUCA